ACACGCUGCUGCGCUUCCCCGAGACGCGCCUGGGCCGCCUGCUGCGCUGCCGCUCGCGCGAGGCCGCGCUGGAGCUCUGCGACGACUACGACGACGCGCGGCGCGAGUUCUACUUCGACCGCAACCCCGCGCUCUUCCCCUACGUGCUGCACUUCUACCGCACCGGCCGCCUGCACGUCAUGGCCGAGCUGUGCGUCUUCUCCUUCAGCCAGGAGAUCGAGUACUGGGGCAUCGACGAGUUCUUCAUCGACUCCUGCUGCAGCUACAGCUACCACGGCCGCAAAGUGGAGCCCGAGCGCGACGCGUGGGACGAGCAGAGCGAGCGGGACAGCGCCUCGCCCUCCUUCGACGAGAUCCUCGCCUUCUACCACGACGCCUCCAAGUUCGACGGGCAGCCCCUGGGCGGCUUCCGCAGGCGGCUGUGGCUGGCGCUGGACAACCCGGGCUACUCGGUGCUGAGCCGGGUCUUCAGCAUCCUGUCCAUCUUGGUGGUGUUGGGCUCCAUCAUCACCAUGUGCCUCAACAGCCUGCCGGACUUCCAGAUCCCCGACGGCCAGGGCAGCCCCGGCGAGGACCCCAGGUUCGAGAUCGUGGAGCACUUCGGCAUCGCCUGGUUCACGCUGGAGCUGGUGGCCAGGUUUGCGGUGGCGCCGGAGUUCCUCAGGUUUUUCCGGAACGCCCUGAACCUCAUCGACCUCAUGUCCAUCCUGCCCUUCUACAUCACUCUGGUGGUGAACCUGGUGGUCGAGAGCACCCCCACCUUGGCCAACUUGGGCAGGGUGGCCCAGGUCCUGAGGCUGAUGCGCAUUUUCCGCAUCUUGAAGCUGGCCAGACACUCCACCGGCCUGCGCUCCCUGGGGGCCACCCUGAAAUACAGCUACAAAGAGGUGGGGCUGCUUUUGCUCUACCUCUCCGUGGGGAUUUCCAUCUUCUCCGUGGUGGCCUACACCAUCGAAAAGGAGGACAACCACGGCCUGGCCACCAUCCCCGCCUGCUGGUGGUGGGCCACCGUCAGCAUGACCACCGUGGGGUACGGGGAUGUGGUCCCCGGGACCACAGCGGGGAAGCUGACGGCCUCGGCCUGCAUCCUGGCAGGUAUCCUGGUGGUGGUACUACCCAUCACCUUGAUCUUCAAUAAGUUCUCCCACUUCUAUCGGCGCCAGAAGCAACUUGAGAGUGCCAUGCGCAGCUGUGACUUUGGAGAUGGAAUGAAGGAGGUCCCUUCCGUCAAUCUGAGGGACUACUAUGCCCAUAAAGUUAAAUCCCUCAUGGCAAGCUUGACAAACAUGAGCAGGAGCUCACCAAGCGAAUUAAGUUUAAACGAUUCCCUACAGUAGCAGGGAGGACUUGUGGCCCUCAGACCCACAUUGUUGAGCUGCCUCUAGCGGCUCUGGCACAGUCCAGGCCCCUUAGGGUGAUGGCGGAAGGAGCAUGGCCAGCCCCAAAGGGGGGAGAGGCGUGGGCUAUGCGCCCAGGUUGCUUCUACAGUUCUUAGAAUCAUUUUUAGAGGGUGGUGUGCCUGGCACCAUGCCUUUGCGCCUUUCAGUGAAAUGACACUCACUGGUAUUUGCAUCAUGGGCAUAAAAUGUUCACAUUUCUGCUGGAUGAGUACCCCCCAGAAUGCUAAUUUCUCUGUUCACUGUGUGCUCUACUCUAGUGCUCGUGGCCCAGUCCUGUCUGUGAGGUUCUCGUGCU